UGUCCUAACGCCUGAAAUUCGCUGACGGACAAAGAUUAAGAUGUCGGAAAACGCGAAAAACGAUAGCUGUCUGCAUUGCUCCGUAUUCAGUACGAAAUACCAGUACCAGGAGAUAUUCGAUGAGUUCGGAAUCGAGCUGGGUCUCCAAUCGCUGCUGGCCAAGCACUACCAGAUUGAUGUGACACCCGAUCCCCAGAAAAAGCAGCUCCUGUGCGAGGUGUGCGUCAACAAUAUCAUCCGCCUGUUCGACAUCGAUGAAUUGCAGCGGGAAAGGGAUGCAAAUGCAGCCAAGGACGAGGUGCUGCAGGCUGAGGUGCUGCCCAAGCAGGAGGAGCCUAUCAUCAUCACCAAGGUCGAGGCACCGCCACCAGCUGCGAAGCCUGCGAAGCACCCAACGCCCCCAAAGCCUCUGGCCAAGAUUCUGCGUCCUGUGCCCAUUACUCCCACCCGGGAACCAAGUGCCCGGAUCAACAAAGGAAUUCCAGCGCCCCAGCUAUCGCCUGGUGCAUCUAAGCCGCCGGCCCGAGCCCAGGAUCCUCCCCAGGAAGCUUCUCCGCUGAAAAUUGAAGCAGUGCCGGCUCCAAAAGAUGCAGACCAGGAGCAGAUAAGUGUCCUGAUACAAAACAUCCUCGACGAAGAUGAAACAGUUGCUGAGGAGGUGGUCAGUGAAGCUAACCACAUCGCCAAGGAAUCGGAAACCACAGCCGAAAUGGUUCUGCUGAACCACGAAUCCGAGGCUGAGCCUGUUCUGGACGAGGAGGAUGUAUACAUAUACGAGCAUGAAGAUAUUCUAGAUCCAGACUUGGAAGAUGUGAAGGUUAAGCCUGCGGUUCGUCCAUCCAGAUUAGUAGUUCAAGCCGAGGAAAGCCAAAGCGAUGGCGAUAUCGACGAGGGUGAGGCCAGCAAUGUGGUUCUCUUUAACUUUGUUGACAUCAAAGAAAAGGAUGAAAUAAAUGACAUUUCGGAGUACUUGGCCACGGUGGUAAAGACCAGCUUUGAGAAACUGGCAUUUGAGUGGUGCACAGUGUGCAAGCACUGCUCCCUGAAGUGUCCCACAUUUGAGAGUCUUUUCAGUCACAUUGUUAAGGCCCACAGAACGCGGAGAGAUGUCUACCAGUGUCCCAUUGAAGGCUGCAGCAAGGAGCUAAAGGGUCGCCAGUUCCUGGCAAUGCAUUUGGUUCUUUUGCAUGCUCCCGUGGCUGAGAUUCCCAUUUAUGGCAGCUGCCCGGAAUGUAAAAUGACCUUCUCCAACAUUUUGCAGUACAACAAGCACUCUUGUGCCCAUGUCAUUAAAAAGAAACGCGGUGUCCGCUCGUUUUGUGAAAUGUGCUCUCUGGAGUUUCCAUCCUGGAAGCGUUUCAGUUUCCACAACCAAUUCCACCUGGAGAAACAUAGACCUCGCGCUUGUUUCGUCUGCGACUUUGCCAGCACCAAUAUCGAUGAGCUGUUCCAGCAUUUAAAUUACGCCCAUGAGCCUGUGGGCACCUUAUUUUGCGACCUUUGCGACCGCACUUUCCGGGACCCUGCCGUUUUCAUGGAGCACAACAAGUCGCAUGCCAAUGUGAGCAGCACAACCUAUUCCUGCGGCGAAUGCAUGGCAAACUUUGAGUCCCGGGGGCGAUUGAAUGGGCAUAUGAGAGCCAGGCAUGGCAGCGUGGUAAGCUGUGAGCUCUGCUCACGCGAGUUCGCCACCGAAGCCACCUACAAUAUUCACAUGAAGAAACAUCUGAUCAUCGAGCGGGAUGUGCACGUGUGCGGAAAAUGUGGCCUGGUGAGCGACAGCCGCGAAACACUACUUGCCCAUGUGGAUUCCCUGAAGUCAGCCUGUUUUGGCUCUAAGAUAUACAUGGAACUGCUCCGUGAUGCCUACGUCUGCGAGUACUGCUCCUCGUACUUCAAGGAAAAGGCCCAUCUGCAAGCCCAUCGAGAGUCGGGAGUUCAUAAGGACGGAUUGUACUGGUGCCAGCCCUGCGGCAAGGAAUUUCCGCACAUGAAACUGUACCGCCAUCACCUGCGCAACUAUCAGCAGCUGCGCUCGGACUCGACGCAUCGCAAGCUUGAGAUUUGUGUAUUUUAUAUGUGCGAUCAGGAGAACUGUUCGGAGGCCUAUGCGAAUUGGAACUCCUUGUACACACACAAGCGACGCACUCACGAAUCUUCGAACAAGCAGGCGGAGAAGUCCUCCAAGAGCACCCAAGAGUGGAUUUGUCAGUUCUGUUCAAAGGAGUGCCGCUCGAAGAUGUCCUUGUCUGUUCAUGUGGCCAGGAGCCACAAUAAUGACAACGUGUCUUGUCCCUUGUGCAAUGCCUCGUACAAAAGCCAGGAUGCGCUGGCCAAGCACCAUGCCUAUUGGCACGAGCCCAUCGAGUGCCCUCAAUGUUUCAAGAUCGUUAAAAAUCGUCGGAACUAUGAUACUCAUGUAAACGUGGUUCAUUCGAACAAGAAGCGGUACUCCUGCAGCAUCUGUAAUAAAGGUUUCUAUCACAGAAGUGAAAUGGAGGCGCAUCAGAAGCUCCAUGGUCAGUCUUACAGCUGCGAGCAUUGCAGCUUCACCACCAGGAAUAAGAAAUCCCUAUCAGUUCACAUCCUGGGUCAGCAUUACAAGCGCUUCGCCUUUGAGUGCAAGGUGUGCAAGAAGAGGUUUGGACGCCGACAGGGCUUGAGUACGCACAUGCAGCGGGCUCAUGGGUCCAAGUACAUGUGUCGUGACUACUUUGAGGGCGGCUGUGGACGCACUUUUGUAAACAGUUCCCAGCUGAAUGUGCAUGUGCGAAAGGUACACAAGGGAGUCAUCUUCCUCCAGGAGGACCUCGUCGAAGAGGAUGAAUAUGUCAGCGACGGCCCGUCCACAUCCAAGAAGCGCUGCAUUCGUAUCAACGAAGAUAAUAUUGAGUUUAUAGAAGACGAAGAUGAAGGAGAUGAUGGAGAAGAUCAGGAUGGCAUUGGAUUGGAGGAAGUUGACGAGGAUGGGAACGAAUAUAUCGACGAGGAACCAGAUCAAGACCCCAAGCAUUGAGGCAGACACUUUCUGUUUAAGU